AUGAUAAGCGCUGUGCGGCGCUGUUUCGCUGAUGGUUCGGCGUCGGGUGUGCGUGUUGCCACAGAGGUUGCGCAGUGCUCCGAAAGUUACAUGCCUUUCAUUGCUUGCUGGUUUGUUCAGUUGCUACGUUUAUCCUCUUGGCUGUUGAUUUUCAUGCUUGCGUCCUUGGCUGGCUAUCCAGUGUCCUCACAUAAGACAUAUCAGGCUCUCUCGAUCCCAACCGGCCGUCGACGGCCUUCCACCCGCGAGGCCGGCCCCUGCUCGCACCUUCCAGUCUCCCCAGGGCCCGUCCGCGACGGGCCGCCGCCUUUAGCCGGCCACCGCGCCGCCGUGUCUAGUUGGGCUCUGAACGAGAGCCCAAGUACCCAAGGCGCCGCCAGGCCGCCGCCGGCCUCCUCGAGGCCCUCCGCUGCCAGACAGCCGCCUCCAGCUCCUCCUCCUCCACGAGGGCUGCCACCCGCCGCCGCCGGGAGCUUCCGGCAUGACCAGGUUCGUCCCGGGCGUGCGCGAGCCCUGCCGGCGUCUCUCGAGCCCGCCGCCGGCCGCCGCACGCCCCUGCCGCCCCUCCGCGCGCGCUCCAGCGGCCUCCAGCGGUCUCCCGCCGCGCCGGCUAUCCCUCGCCACCGCCGCGCGCCUACGUUCCUACUGGGCUCGAGCCGGACCCACGUACGUCCAUCGGCGUCUCUCGACCCCGCCGAGGCCGCCGCACGCGACUGCCACCCCGGCCGCCGCCUCCAGCGGCCCCGAGGCUCCUUCCCACAGAGCCGGCAGGGUUCCACCGCCGCCGUCACGAUCGUCCCUCGAUUUCGAGGACCCGGUCUAGACGGUUCUAGACCGGCGUCGGACAGACCCGCCGCCGCCGCCACGCGUCCCUGCUGCCGCCGCUGCUCCCCUCAGCGGCUUCCGACCCGGUGCCGGUCCCCUGUUGCCACGAGCUCGAUCCACCGAUGGUCCCAGGCGUUUGGUGUUACGCCACUUCCCCAACCGGUUUUCCCUCUCUUUCUCUCCACUACGUCCCUAAAGGCCGCCGGCCUCCUCGAGCGGCCGCCGGCCUCGUACGCGUGCCCCUCCCGUCCUCUACCGACUCCGCCGACCACCUGA